CUCAUUUCAUUCUUGGUUACCUGAAUAAGUUUUUCAGCAGAUGGAAGCCCAAAAUGCCCAAAGGAGGAGUUAUCAGGUGGUUAUAGCAGCAACGAGAGACAUGGGUAUUGGUAUAGAUAUGAAACUUCCUUGGGAUUUACCCAAUGAAUUUCAGUUUUUCCAAGAUGUAACAAGUAGGACAUCUGAUCCUCGUAAGAGGAAUGCAACUAUUAUGGGAAGAAAGUCAUGGGAAGCUACUCCUCUCGAGUUUCGUCCCCUUCCUGAUCGCCUAAACGUUGUCCUCACAAGAUCUAACUGUCACAGUAUCCCCACUGAUGAUGAUAACGUAAUGGUGUGUGGUAGCAUGGAAUCGGCUCUUGAACUUUUAGCCAAACCGCCUUAUUCAUUUUCCAUCGAGAAGGUCUUUUUCAUAGGAGGCGGCGAGUUGUUAAGGCAUUAUAUGAAUGCACCAAGCUGUGAUGCUAUCCACCUAACAGAAGUUGAUAUAACCGUGCCAUGCGACACAUUCGCACCGAGGGUGGAUACUUGUCUAUACCAUCCAUGGUACUCAUCACUUCCAGUUGUGGAAAAUGGAAUUCGAUAUUGCUUUAACACUUAUGUUCGAAGAAAAGAUCUCAUUUUUGGAUCUGGUGUGGAGGCAGAGCAAUACUCGUUCUUGCCUAAGAUGGUUUUCGAGAGGCAUGAGGAGUUUGGUUACUUGAAUCUUGUUCAAAACAUUAUAUCUAAUGGGGACAUGAAUGACAAUAAUACUCUUCUGUCGAAAUUUGGCUGUCAGUUGCGGUUCAAUCUGCGCAAGACUUUCCCCCUUCUCACAACCAAGAAAGUAUUCUGGGUAGGCGUUGUAGAAGAAAUCUUACAACUCAUCAGUGGUUCAACCUAUCCCAAGGAAAAGGGUAUUAAUCAUAUAUGGGAGAGUGAUAAGGCUAAAGAAUAUCUUGACAGUUUCGGAGUGAAUGCCACAGAGGAAGAUGGAGACCAUCCACUCUUGACUGGACUCUACUGGAGUUACUCUGAUGCUAGCCAAGAAUUCAAUCAGAUCUCUGAUGUUAUAAACAAGAUUAAGAACAAUCCUCAUGAUCGAGGGAUAACACUUUCAGCUUGUAAGUUGUCCAUAUCUCCUUGCCAAACGUUCGCACAGUUCUAUGUGGCGAAUGGUGAACUUUCCUGUCAAAUCUACCAGAGCUCAACUGAAGCAAGUCUCGGGAUUCCUUUCAGUAUCGCAGCAUACUCUCUCUUGACAUGCAUCAUGGCUCAUGUUUGCGAUGUUGUUGCUGGUGAUUUCAUCCAUUUGAUUGGAGAUGCUCAUGUUAAUACAUCUCACACCAAGGCUAUACAAAGACAGCUUCAAAUCUCCCCAAAACCCUUCCCGAUUUUGAAAAUUAAUCCGGCGAAAAAAAAGAUCGAUCACUUGGAAGCUUCUGAUUUGGAUCUCCUGGACAUAUGACCUGCUUCAUAAAGAAAUAUGAACAAUUACUACUUUAAUACUCUUCUUGUUUAGAGCAUCUAUAAAAAUACACUUUAUUUUGAAGUUUGCAAAAUUUCAUAUUUGAAGUUUAAGAGCAUGCGCAGUAGAGGUUUAGAGAAGGGGAUCGCACGCUUUACAAAAAAAAAAAUAUAUUAAAAAAAGCAAAACCGAUGAGCUCGGCUCAUCUCGCCUCUUCUGCGUGAUACCCUCUCUCCUAAAGUUCAUCACUGUAGCGCGGGCCCCACGAUACGUGGUGGCCCGCGAUUGGUCUAAAUUUUUUUUAAAAAAAAAAAUCAAAAAAAAAAAAGAAAAAAAUUUAGUAAUAAAAAAUUGAAAAGUUGAACCCCAAAGAGAGGGUUCACUGAUGCUCUUGCUCUAAAGAUAACCUUCUCCAAAAGUAAAAUUUUUAAGUUAACUUCAAAAGUAUUUAUAUUUUAUACUAUGAUAUUUAUAUUCAUGAUACUUAAUUUAAAUUUAUAAAACUGUAAAAAUAAAUAGCAUAUAUAUAAAAAUAUUAUAGCAAUAUUAAUUAAUAAACUGUUACACUAAAAUAUAAAAUUUUGCAUAAUUAAAUAUUAUAUUACAAUUAAAUACCAUAUUAUUCUAUAAAACUAUUUUCAUAAUAGCCUCAUAUAUGACCAUUUAAGAAAAAUAUCCUUAGAUAGUCAUAAAAAAAGAGUUUUUGUCACAAAUAUAUGUCAUAAAUAUUAAAAUGACCAAAAUAUUUCAUUAAAGAGCUAAAUAUACAUUUAUACCCUAGUAUUAACUAAUCUAAACUUUAGGGUUUAGAGAGUUAAGGGGUGGGUUUAAAAAUUUUAAAAAUAAAUUAUAUUUUUAUAAAACUUAUAACUUUAUUAAAAUUUAAAAUUAAAUUGAAAUAGUUAAGCCAAAUUGAAUGUACAAAUGUAAAUUAUUAUUUUUUAUAUAAAAAAUAUUAUAUGUAAAAUUAAUAUUAUGUACAUGGCGUAGGAAAACUCAUAUAAAUUAACUGGGAGAAUUUAUUGAAAUAAAGUAAAAUACAUAAUAAAUAACCAAACAAUAUUUAAAAAUUAAAGUAAACUUUUCACACGAAGCACGGAUCAACCACUAGUAUUUAUACGUAGAAGUUGUGUAGCUUAGGAGGAAGGAGACAAAAAAUGUCUUUCAGAGGAAAGGAAACUAUAAAAAUAGUAAUAAAAGCGAAAGAGAAAUAAAGAUUAAGGUAAUUUUGAAGUAAACGGAAACUUCUUAAAACAUGUAUGACCAAGAAAAACCUUUUAAAUCUACAGAAAAAGAAACUAGUUGUAUUAUGUUAAUAUAACAAAAUUAAGGUAAUUUUGAAGCAAACAGAAACUUCUAAAAACAUGUAUGACCAAGAAAAACCUUUUAAAACUACAAAAAAAAGAAACAGUAGUAUUAUGUUAAUAUAACUAAAAUUUAAUUAUAUCUAACAAACCGUUGUUUCUUUUGCGUGUUCCACACUUAAAUUGACAUGUAUAUAUAUAGACGUCGAGACUUAGCUUGCAGAGGAAAAAAGUGGUAGAAGCGAAAGAGAAACAAAGUCAAGGUACCUUUUAGUUUCGAUUCUCUUUUUUAAAUUGUCUGUUGAUCAAGAGAGGAAGAAGGCAUUCUGAAUCAUGUUAGCAAAUUUUGAGUAUUGUACGGUUUUGUGUCAAUUAAUGAAAGAUUAUGCUCCGUUAGAGAAUUUUUAGGGUUGAGCGGAAAGUGUAUUAAGUCUUUCCUCUUGCGGCUUUGUGAUUUGCUUGUGUGCUAAGUCCUCAGUACGAUUUUUUUUUUGACCAAAAAGUCCUCAGUUCGAUUAUUCAUACAUAUUUACUAGAUUUCUUUCUCUUUGUUGGAACAGGAAGAGAUGGGUACCCAGAACACUCAAACCGACAACCAGCCAACAGCUACACUUCCUACAACAUCUUGCAAAAAGCAUGUGAAUGAUGAUAAUGCCACUUUCCUUGCAAACCUCAAGGAUCGUUUCACUGAAUUGGUCAAUACCCCUAUGGAUGAACACAAGACUUGUUUCAAAAACACCAUGGACAAGGUUCUUUCUCAGUUUUCUAUAUCUCCUAAGGAUGAUGCACCUAAGAAGUUGACGAGGUGAAGGAAGUGGAGAGUCACUCGCCUCUUUAGGGCUUUAAUAAAUCAAGUUUCUUCUAUUUAUGUCUCUCGUUGAACUUCAGUAGUUCCGUUACAAAAAAAAAACUUCAGUAGUUCCAAAUUUCCUUUGCAUAACUUCUUUUACUUUUCUUGCUUAAGCUUUGAGAAGGUUAAAAGUUUCCCUUGCAUAAACAAGUUCUUAUGAUGUGCAAAACUACUCUUCAAGUGUUUGGGUACUGUUAAUACUUAAUAUAUAUUCAUAGAAUUGUCUU